AUGCACAGCCAAAAGAUGGUGAUCAAAAAUACGGACAUGUCAGAAGAGAUGCAACAGGAUUCGGUGGAGUGCACUACUCAGGUACUGGAGAAAUACAACACAGAAGAGGACAUUGCGGCCCACAUCAAGAAGAAAUUUGCCAAGAAGUACAACCCCAUCUGGCGCUGCACUGUGAUGAAGAAUUUCAGUAGUUAUGUGAUGCAUGAAGCCAAACACUUCAUCUACUUCUACCUGGGCCAGGUGGCCAUUGUUCUGUUCAAAUCUAGUUAA